AUGCGCGCGGUUGUCUUCAGCGAUGUUGCCUCUGCAGAGCUGGGAGAGUUCAUCAGAGACAUCGCCUCCACGUCGUAUGCCGAGUUAGUGUAUGUCGAUGUCUCUCAAAGCGCUGAGGCGGACCUGGCAACGGCAUGGCAUACGCGCUAUGGUGGAGCGUCCUACGCUCCACCAGCUGCUCGUGACGAGCUGGAUGAUUUGAAGAACACCUUCGUGUGCUAUCUGACGGAGAAGACCCUCGAGGACUCGGAUGUAGUGUACGCUGUUUUCGUGGCGGAGGUGCCUACUCUCGUCCUGACUCCAUCUGUGACGCUGACACCGCUGAUGCACGCGGCAGCAGACGGUAGUGUGUCUGCCAGAAAAGCAGCCAUCGAAUCGUUCUUUUCAGUGGCGUCGUCAUCAUCCUCUGCGGAAGUGAUCGUCAUUGAGGGCGGCGAUGGCGCCGGCAAGGAGACACAGACAGGGCUCCUGGUGCGGCGAGUUCACGCAGCUGGCGACGAGGUUCACUCGCUGGAUUUCCCCAACGAAAAGGCUCUGUACGGGGGGCUUGUGCGGGCGCUGCUUUCGGGCAAGAAAGGGUCCAUCAGCGAACUUGACCCGCAGCUCUUCAGCUUCCUUUACUCCCUUAACCGGUUCGGCUGUGCUCGUCAGCUGCACUUUUGGCUGCGACGAGGCAGCUCUGUGGUACUGGAUCGGUACUACACGGCGAAUUUCGGGCAUCAGGCCUCCAAGUUGCCCCCAGAAGAGCGGGAGGCAUUCAUAAGCGACCUGGAGUUCAUGGAGGUGGAGUGGCUCGGCCUGCCCAGGGCGACGUCCGUCUUGUACUUGGAUCUACCGCCCGCCGCGGCCCUUGAGGCAAUGAGGCGGGAUGCGGCCCGGAAGCAGCUUGAUAUUCACGAGACUGCCGGCAGUGACUAUAAGGAAAGGGUUCGCCAAACAUACAGGUGGUGCUGCGAACACCUGCCAGGCUGGCAUCAUAUUGACUGCUUCGGCGAUGGCGGGCGACGUCUCACACGAGAGGAAGUGCAUGGUUCCAUUACGAGUCAUUUGCGGAACGCAGGCUCACGUGCGAUUGGCGCGCUAUUGUAA